AACUUUCUAGUUUAGGGCCUUACUGCCCAUCCGCCAAGCACACCCUGGGAAACGUCGCCCCGGCGGCCCGGAAACCGACCCAGCCAUGUCGCCACUCAACCGGCUGGAACGCCGACUGGCCAAAGACCUCGAGCUUGACCCGGAUAUACUAAUACCCGUGGAGACUAUCGAACCGGUAGUGGUUCCCCCGUGGUGGGAGCCCCUACCUAUGGAUAUUGCUGAUUCUAGGGAGGAGGCUAUCUGGAGAUAUGCCCUCCUGUCUUCUACUACCCUCCCCGCGUACACUAACAGUAGCGGCCACUCAGGUGGUAUUGGAGCUACUGUAGUGAUCCGCAAUAAGAAUCACAUCCGGCCAGUUGGCUGUGAUAUUAUAUACAUGGUGUAUGCCGCCAAGCUUACUGGCAUCGAACUAGCCCUGACCCUCGCAGAGGGGGAGCUAGAAUACUCUAUUUAUAGGAAAGCUGUCCCUCUAGCCACCAUUACUAUAUCUACUGUAUUCUUAUUGAUGUGGUGGAGGAUAAGGUAUAUCUUUAGUAAGAAGUUAGUAUACUACUAG